CGCGAUAUAUCUCCAUUGCAUAGAGUUGAUUGUGGAAUGUUGUCCCACUCUUCAAUGGCUGUGCGACGUUGCUGGAUAUUGGCGGAAACUGGAACACGCUGUCGUACACGUCAGUCAAGAGAAUCCCAUACAUGCUCAAUGGGUGACAUGUCUGGUGAGUAUGCAGGCCAGAAGAACUGCAACAUUUUCAGCUUCCAGGAAAUGUGUACAGAUCCUUUUGGGAAUGAGGGGCUGUGCAUUAUCAUGCCGUAACAUGAGGUCUUGUCACGGUAUCUCCGUGCAUUCAAAUUGUGACGACCCUUCUACUCUGUCUGCUGUAUUCUUUCUCUUUGCUCUUGUUUUACUUAUUAGUAUGUUCGGCAGGAGGUGCUGGGCGAGUCGUCAGCGACAUGGGGACACACCUGGUCCCGUGAUAAAUACACCUCUUCCCCAUUCAUUGAGGAGACUCUCUCCAUGCAGACACACUGUUAGAUUUUGGUUAUGCCAUUUUUGUGGCUGUUUUGUUUGUUUACUUUGGCACCUUUCAACACCCAUCAUAAUCACAUUUUUAUAUACGCAACCACUCACUUACACUACUGAUUACAGACUACACACACCAUUGUUAAUUGUAUUUACGUUACCGCUGAUAAUAAAUAUAUUUUUUGUUAUUCCUAAUCUCCACAUUGUCUCCCUUUUUUGUUACGGAUUUCGAGACGGUUCGUGACAAGUGGGGGCUCAUCCGGGAUCUUGAAGGUAUUGUGUUUGGGAGAAACCGUGGCGUUAAUGUUUGAGAACUCUGUAGGUGCUUUGUUUGCAUCUUUUGUUACAGCUUGUUUGAGUUGUAAUGUUUGGUGCCCAGUAUUGGUUGCCUUUGUUUGUUUGGUAAACUUGCCAUUGUGGUGGAUAGUUGGUUGAGUGCUGCAUUGAAGAGAGUACAUUGUUUAGUUUCCAGGCCCCUGCCCAGGCUGGAGACUCUUGCUCUAAUCGCUGUUGGGACAGCGGUCCGAGGAAGUUAGUACAAUUGGCUGUGUACCUCAGUGGGAGAUUUGAGUAGGGUAGUGACACUUGCUACCCGGAGCUAUAGCUUUUCUUUUUCUCCUGUUAGGCUUAGCGAUGUGUUUCACUUUGGAAUAUGUUGGGCGUGGUUAUUUUUGUGUGGUGUCCGUGGACUGAGCAGUUGUCUCGGGUGCACAUCUGUGGCUUGCAGGGAAUCAGCCAGCAUGCUGGGUGUUUUUUACCUUGCCAGCGGGCUAUAGUGCAUAAUUACCCACUGCAAAUCCGCACGAAGACUAAGGUUGAGUUAUUGUGGGGUUUGGGGAAUCUCCAUAUAUUUCAUCUCUCUUCUGUGGUGCCCAGUGUGAUUGUCAUUUAUCUUGUUGUGGUCUGGUCUGGUGUGCUCAGCAGAGGGGAAGAGCGAGAUGUUUUUUGUUGUUGUAUUUACUUGUGACUAUGGCGUCUAAUGUAGACGAGUUCAUUCACUUUCCAUCAGAGGAACUGUUCGAAUUAUGUGCUAAAGAACAGCUGUUGAAGAUUGCUGAACACUACAAGAUUAAAAUUAGUGAUGAAUGUAAAACAUUUGAUUUGUUAUGUUGAUAUUGAAAGCCAAUCUGAUUGAGAGUGGUAAUUCUUGAAGUUAACACUGGGGAAGCCUCUGCCGAGGACUCGCCUUCUCCCUGUUUCGCUACAAUGGCCGCCACAUCUGUUAGACCUAGUGGUCUGCCUUUUGAACAACAGAAGGAACUGCUUCUGUUACAACUAGAGCAUGAUCGUGUAAAGUAUGAAAAGGAAUUGGCAUUUAAACAGGAUUUGCAGCGCGCAAAAAUCAAGUUGCAACGAGUGGCUACAGUUGGUUAGGGAAGUAAAGCUCUCGGGAGAGUUUCCUCUGGGAAGGUGACCCAGAUUUACCUAGGGGUCGCUCCUCUCUCGGUCAUGCCCCUGACUUAUUUGAUAUUGUUGGAAACCUAACGUUGUUGCCAAAAUUUAAUGAGAAGGAUCCUCAUACGUUCUUUUCGUUGGAGCUUAUUGCUCUUUCUGAAUGUCUACGUGACUGACCAUUUGUUUAUUUUGUUUGGUAUUGUCCUGUUCUGUCGCUCCUCUCCGCUCCUUCUGGUCUCGUUUUCUUCUUUCCUCUUAAAGGUUGCUUCCUGUGCGCAAAGGUUGCUGAGGUCUGGGGAGGACGAGGUUGGCUGGGGCAAGUGGAAGUGUGAACACAUGGCUUUGGGAUGCUGGUUGGGUCAAUUUGGGAUGCAGGCUGGGUCUUCUGCUAGUAUCCAGGGCAGUAUUUUUUGUUUGUGUGACGACCCUCUCACUCUGUCUGCCGUAUUCUUUGCUCUUGUUUCCCCUAUUAGGAUGUUCGACGGGAGGAGCUGGGAGACAUGGGAAACACCUCGGCCCGGGUGUGUCCUGGGAUAAAUACACCUCUUCCCCAUUCAUUGAGGAGACUCUCUCCAUGCAUGCCAUUUUUGUGGCCAUUUGGAGAGUGCAGCCUACCAUCCCAUGCCUUCCCCAACCCAAGGCCCCUAUGAGAGAGGCCUUUAAAGAAGAGGGGAUUUGACCAAACAAUCCAGCUCUGUAAGUCGGGAUGGAGGGUGGACAGGGAGCAGGGUCGUGCUCCAGCCAGGCUGUGGAGGCUGAGUACCCCGCCCAGGGGACAACUUCUCCAGCCAGGGGAGGAGGGGAUGCAGGGCUGGGCUCUUGCAAGCACAACGGACUGAUCAAUACCCACAGCUUGAUGGUGGAGACUAAGGAAGGGCUGGUGUCAGUGUACUCGGGGUCACAAUACCAGGGUCACAUGGUGGUCAACCUAUCCCCCCAGCAGGAGCAGAAUGGCCAGGGAGGGGGACACCCACAGCUGCUCAACCCCAGCGCUCUGCCCCAGGGCAUGGACCCAUGCUUCAGGCCCGACCUGAUCCUGUACUCUGAGAACACGCUGCGGGCCUGGGGGGAUGGAGGAGUCGGGGAUUGCUGUGAGACCACCUUCAUAGAGGACUUGGCAUCCGGUUCCUCUGCCGCCUCCAAGGAUACGCUGAUGUUUGCCGAUGGCAAGUUCCUGGACAUGUCUGUGGAGGAUGCAAAGAUCCAGACCCUGUCCUAUGACGAUGAUGAGUUCCAGGACCUGGAGAGCGAGUACUCGAGCGACUCAGAGAGUGAAGACAACUUUCUCAUGAUGCCACCGAGGGACCACUUGGGCCUGAGCGUCUUCUCCAUGCUGUGUUGCUUCUGGCCCUUGGGGAUCGCUGCCUUCUACCUGUCCCAUGAGACAAACAAGGCGGUGUCUAAGGGGGACUUGCACUUGGCCAGCUCCAGCUCCAGACGUGCCCUCUUCCUGGCUGUGCUGUCAAUCACCAUCGGCACAGGCAUAUAUGUGGGCGUGGCUGUAGCGCUCAUCGCAUACCUCUCCAAGAACCACCACUUGUAGCCUUGCCCUGCCCCCACUGCACUGUACUGACUGCGCUGGGGGUAUGGUUCACUUGGGGGCAAUUGAACAAUGGAAUAUGGGCCUGCAAACUAUGGGACUAUCAGGAUGGACAGAACCUGGCCAUAUGAUUGACACAAUUCGUGAGCUCUAACAUGAGGUUCUUGAUAUGGAUAAUGGUAUUUUAACGCUCAUGCUAUUCUCUCAUUUUCACCAAGAAAAAACAGAGACUGUUAGUCGUUCCAUUCACGACUUCUUUUCUUUUAUAGAUGUUUCAAAUUGGUUUGAGUUUUACCAAGGCAUAACACAGCCUGUGAGAGGUCAAACCAACAUGCACUAAAUAUUACCUGUACCAAGAGCAUAUUGUAUGUUUUACGGGGCAUGUUCAAUGCUCAGUUAACGGUGAGUUGUGGAUGUCCAGCUACAUUCACCACACUAACAGUCACAUCUGGCAGCUCCUGUCGUGGAUAAAAGAUGUCACUCAUCCAAACAUUCAACCUGUAUACAUUUAUUCAACGUCACAUUGAAUUGAUCCGUGGAUGUGACACAGUGCAGCUCAACUGGAUCAUUUCUCGGUUGAAUAUUACAAAUUCUAUGAAGUAAUGUGAUGGUUUAUAUAUGAUGCCUACAGAAAGUAUUCACACCGCUUGAUUACAGCCUGAAUUUAAAAUGCAUUCAAUUGAGCUUUUCAUUGCCACUGGACUACACACAAUAAACCCAUAAUGUCAAAGUGGAAUUAUGUUUUAGACAUUUUUACAAAUUCAUUAAAACAUUUACAAGCUGAAAUGUCUUCAGUCAAUAAGCAUUCUACCCCUUUUGUUAUGGCAAGCCUAAAUAAGUUGAGUAAAAAUUAUGCUCCCAUAAUAAGUUUCAUGGACUCUGUGUGCAAUAAUAGUGUUUAGCAUGAUUUUUGAAUGACUCCAUCAUCUCCGUACACCACACGUAAAAUUAUCUGUUGGGGGGGCAGACAUUGAAUAUCCCUUUGAGCAUGCUGAAGUUAUUAAUUACACUCUGGAUGGUGUGUCAAUACACCCAGUCACUACAAAGAUACAGGCCUCCUUCCUAACUCAGUUGACAGAGA